AUGCAGAGGGAAGGCCUGAAUCUCAGCCCGGCGCAGGCAUGCAGGGCGAGGCGCCUGGCCAAGCGUCCCAGCCUGGGCAGCCGCCGCGGGGGCGCUGCGCCCGCUCCCGCCCCCGAGGCCGCCGCGCUGGGGCUCCCGCCCCCCGGCCCCAGCCCCGCCGCCGCUCAACCGGGAAGCUGGAGGCCGCCGCUCCCGCCGCCGCGCGGGACCGGUCCCUCGCGCGCCGCCGCCGCCGCCUCGUCGCCGGUUCUGCUACUGCUGGGCGAGGAGGACGAGGACGAGGAGGGCGCGGGCCGGAGGCGCAGGGCGCGCGGGCGGCUGGCCGAGAAGCCCCGAGGGGGCGCGGAGGAGGACGACGACGACGAGAGGGAGGACGAAGAGGUGGUCGUCGAGGUGGUGGACGGCGACGAGGACGACGAGGACGCCGAGGAGCGCUUCGUGCCCCUCGGACCCGGCCGUGCGCUUCCCAAGGGCCCGGCCCGGGGAGCGGCGAAGGUGGGAAGUUUUAAGAGAGAAAUGACCUUCACAUUUCAGCCAGAGGACUUAAGACGCGAGUCCAGCAAGAAGACUUCUCACCACUUGUUCCCACUGGCCAUGGAGGAAGACGUGAAAGCAGCCGACACCAAAAAAGCCAGCCGGAUCCUUGAGCAAGAAAAAGAAAACACUCGAUCCAUUUGUCUCCUUGAGCAGAAGCGGAAAGUGGUUUCCUCUAACAUCGACGUCCCUCCUGCAAGAAAGUCUUCAGAGGAACUGGACAUGGACAAGGUGACCGCAGCCAUGGUACUAACCAGCUUGUCAACUAGCCCUUUGGUCCGAAGUCCUCCCGUGCGGCCCAAUGAGAGCCUCAGCGGGUCCUGGAAGGAGGGCGCACCCUCCAGCAGCAGCAGCAGCGGCUAUUGGAGCUGGAGUGCUCCCAGCGACCAGUCCAACCCGUCCACACCCUCGCCGCCAUUGUCCGCUGACAGCUUCAAGCCCUUCCGUAGCCCCGCGCCACCUGAUGAUGGCAUUGAUGAGGCCGAGGCCAGCAACCUGCUCUUCGACGAGCCCAUUCCCAGGAAGAGAAAGAACUCCAUGAAGGUGAUGUUCAAAUGCCUUUGGAAAAACUGUGGCAAGGUGCUGAACACGGCAGCAGGCAUCCAGAAGCACAUCCGGGCCAUCCACCUCGGGCGAGUUGGGGACUCUGACUACAGUGAUGGAGAGGAGGACUUCUACUACACUGAGAUCAAGCUCAACACGGACUCCAUGUCUGAGGGCCUGAGCGGCCUGGCCCCGGUUUCACCCUCGCAGUCCCUGACCUCACCUCCCACGUUUCCUGUCCCAGACUGCAGCCGAACAGAAGCGCCUUGUGCCAAAACAGACCCCAAGCCGAUGACCCCACUGAGCCGCUCAGCCCCCACCACCCUCUACCUCGUGCACACGGACCAUGCUUACCAGGCCACGCCCCCGGUGACCAUUCCUGGGUCUAAGUUCACCCCCAAUGGCAGCAGUUUCAGCAUUUCCUGGCAGUCUCCUCCGGUUACGUUCACCGGCAUCCCCGUGUCUCCAACACAUCACCACCCAGUGGGCUCAGGAGAGCAGCGGCAGCACGCUCACACCGUCCUGUCCUCCCCGCCCAGAGGGACAGUCAGCCUAAGGAAGCCCAGAGGUGAAGGCAAAAAGUGCCGCAAGGUUUAUGGGAUGGAAAACCGGGACAUGUGGUGCACCGCCUGCCGCUGGAAGAAGGCAUGCCAGCGCUUCAUCGACUGAGCCAGGAAGACGGCUCACCCUGCCAUCUCUGCCUCACUCUCCCGACAGGUGGUGAGAAAGCCUCUCCUUCCAAAGGAAGCCGUUCAAGGCCCAGGGAAAGCCUUUCCUGGAAUUCUGGGAAUAUAAUUCCAUGGUGGAAUUAAAGCAAAAAAAAUCAGCACCUGCACUGCUCUGAGAGCCCAGACAAGAGCAGAAAGAGUGACUUUUUCCUUCAAAAGAAAAGUAACUUUGCUUACUCUCCAUCUGGUCUUAAAACUGGACUUCUCUAGCAACAUAACCAACCAGGCCCAUUUUACCUAGAAAGAUUUUGAUAAGCUUUCUGAAUUGUGGUAUUUUCAAGGGGUUUUGACACUUAAACAGUACACUCAUAAGCUACACAAUAUUAGCUAGCAUUUGUACAAAGGAUAACCUACCUUGUGAAUAGGCGUCUCCCUGUUUUCCAGCCAACUGCUUGGAGUAGUCUGGAUCAUGAUGUAUUUGAAGAAAGAGCUGCAGUCUGGCUCUUUUUCUGUGUCUGUUUUGCUUUCACGAAGGACCCAAGGAGAAACCUUGUAAAGAUGGUAACUUGGAGGCCCAGGUAGCUAACAGCCAAAAGUGACUGGCAGUGGGAAUCACAGGCAGACUUCAGCUGCAGGCUGAGCAGGCUGAGGCCAGCACGCCAGGAGCCACUUCAGAAAGCAUCUGGGAGUCGUCCUUGGCCCCCAAGUGGUGGUCCCGCUACUUCUCUGCCUGGACAGCUCAGAUGAAAGCUGGCACCGGGGCCAUCUGGUAAGCCUCAACGCUUCUUUCAGGAAUGUCACACGAACUGCAGCUGGGGCAGUGUGCCCAGCUUUGUCUUUUCAAUCUGUGGCCAGGACCGUGGGCUGUCAUCCUGCUCUCCAAACCUGCCCAGGUGGAAAUCUCGAGACUCCCUCACAGCCUUGCUCCAGGCAGAGUGUGGCUGUCGUGCCCCGUCUGUGAGAGUUCCACCAGGGUGGCAGAUCUACUGCCCUUCUGAGUGCACUUUUAUCCAUGGCAUGCUCCAUAUGCCGUGGGGUGAGUUAGUGGACAGAGUGGCAUAUAUGGAUAACAGAUCGAAACCUUUCGUUUCUUACAAAAAUAUUAGAGCGAUGAAUUAAGAAUUUGCUCAGAAACUAACUUACGGGAUGCCCAAAGGAAAACGUAUCUUGGUAUAGGACUCUCCCCAUUUAGUAGGGCCAGGGCUUGCACUGGAAUGCCUAUUGGGAUGUCUAAAUCAGUGGACUUGCGUGUUUGAGGGGUGGAGCGCGGCAGGCGGCCACCAAGCCUCGUCAGAACACUUCUGCCCUGCUUAAGGAACUGGAUGUCCUGUACCUAUGCGAAGUAAGAGCACCUUAGAGGAGGCGCUGGGACAGGGCAUGGUGUCAGCCAUACGAAUGUUAAAUGAAAUUGCACAGAGAAGAGCUUAAUAUAUGUUUAAAGAUUGUACAUAGUGCUUUUUUACAGAGUGGAAAGAAGUCAUCUAGCAAUCAGAGACCCCUUUUAAUGUCAGGGUCAUAUGGAGGUUCUGCAGCGCAACGCCCUGAAUUUCUGCCUUCAUGUAUUCUGGCAAUCUUAUUUUUUAAAUUCAUGUGACUUUUUACAAGAUUAUUUCUUGAAAGAGAUCCUGAUCUGUUCCUUCAGGAAUUUAAAAGAAAAAAGUUUAUUUCAAGAGACGAGAAAACGUGCUCUGUCUGAUUCCCCGUGGGCUGGUAGUCGACACCAGCCGCACUUGUCUCCUGGAUGUUUUGACCUGUAACCAGGAAACAGCAUUUUUUUUAAAAACACAGAGCUGAGAUGUUCCCGCUCCCCCACCCCUGGGUAUGUCCUCUCUCCUAUCUUCUGUAGUCUCUCUGCUGUGAAGUGAUGUCCUAGCUGGUCCAAGAAGCCCUGAGCUACACGGAGAUUGUCAUGGCCAGCUGUCUGAGCAAGCUCACUGUGUGCUUAAAUAAUAGAUGGAUCCUAGGCCAGAGGUUUUUCUCCUCAGCAAAGUUCCCUGGAAUUUUUUUUUUAUCUCAGAUAAAGACUUUAAUCAAAAUACUGCAAUGAUGUGAAGUCAAAUCCAUCUUCUCUUGAAGGACUUCGGGGUGAAGGAAUGUUCUCUGCAUGAGAGCAAUCCUCAAGCAAGGUGUCGAUGGCCAUCUCCCCCAGACACAGCCCCAAGGGUAGUUCUGCAUAACUGCACAUUGUCAGCAGAAUCGUGGCUCCGGGUGCACCUAGCCUGGGUCCCUCAUGCCCUCUGCAGCCUUCACCACACCAGCUCUUCUGCAUGGCCAGCCAUCCUUGAGGCCCCUGUCUGCAGGCCAGCCCUCAUCUGGCUUCUAGGUGCAGACAACUCCUGAGGCCAGUUCUGGACACACACGCUGCCCAUUCCCAGUGUGGAAGGGCGCAAUUUCCAGGGAACCAGAAAGCUCUGAAUUGCAACAUACAGUUGCUGAUUAUAUGAGUUACAUUUUGUUAUGAGUUACAUUUUUUUUAAGUAGUUAUUUUGUUAUUUGGGGAACCAAAUGAAGUGCCAAAUGAAGCCUGACUUUUCAUUUAAUGCCAUCUCCACGAAGCUAAUUUCUUUUUGUGUCUGCAUUUUGUGGAGAAGCAAAGAGAGAAUGGAUGAGAAGAAUAAUCCCAGGAGAGCUGGCUGCUAGCCUGCAGCUGUGUGCAUCCCCAGGGCUGACAGCCCUGUCUACAAAGGAGUGGUGGCACACUGAAUACUGUCCAGUGGAAGUGUCUGAUUCUUUUUCUUCCGUGAUGUCCCUUUCUCCAAAACAGGUUUCUCAUUUCUCCCUGUGAAGGUAUUUCAGUGACUGGCAGGACAUUCUAUAGCCAGACAAAGCAAAAGCAAUGGGCGUAACAGGCAAUAGUUUCCAGCCUCAGCCUUCCCGGAGGAUGGACACUUUGUGUGUGGAAGCCAGUGAGACAACACAGAGAAACCCCCAGAGUAGCAAGUAUGUCCAGGAGGCAAUGCAGGAGACCUGAGCCCGCCUGCCUCCUGCUCCUCUUGGGGCUGAGCAGCCAGAGAUCCUCCGUGUCUGUUGCAACUGUCUGAAACAGGACAGGAGCUGCUUUGUCCAGGCUUACCCUUCUGCCAUCUUUUGUCUAGAAGUUUCUCUGUGGAGUGACAAAAGCCAGCGUCAGGAAGAAAGCAAUGGGUUUCCGAAGCAGAGUGGGCUUUACAGUGACUCUUGACAGCUCCAAGGCCAAGAGGUUUCCUUAGGAGAUGAUCCCCUGCCUCCUGUGACCAAUCUCCAAAUGAGCAUUAUCAGUAAAGAACAGCACUCUCUUCAGAGAUGGUCGCAUUUAUGUUGCAAAAAAAAAAAAAAAUUCUAAAACUGAAUUGUUCCCCAUUGCAAUUCAAGAUGUCAGAAGUUGAAGUCUGCCAUCUCUGGUAUCCUAGCUCAUAUCACACUUCCACCAGAAGCCCUGGGCUCCUAGUGAUCCAGCCUUGCAAGAGUCCAUUUCAUCUCUCAUUUCAACUGCACUGCACGACAAGGGUGGCCCUCACUGGAGGAGGUUCGAGAACGAGGUGAGGACUGUCUAUCUGCGCAGGGGAAUAAUACAUCGAGCUUAGCAGCAGAAUACUGUAACACUGCUCAUUUCCUCAGGGAAGCAGGAAGGAUGUGCGAAGACGGAUCUGGAGAACCCCAGGACUAGGAGGAAUUUUAUGGUCUCAAGUCGUUUCUUGUCAGAACAAGUUGAUUUUUUUUUCAUGUGAACUCAGUAUCAUUUCAAGACAAAUCCAUGCCAACUGGACAGUGUCAGCUUCCGUGAGGCGUCACAGAUGCACCCACUGUCUUUUUGUAGCUGACCUAACGCUGACUGGUGUUUGAGCCCCCGGUGCAGAGCCUGCCGGGUAUUUGUAGACGCGGUGAGGCUUUCUCUGAAUGUAAUUGUGAACAAGAAUCCUCGCUGUUCCCUGUUGUAAUCUCCUGGUUUGGGCAGGUGUUGAUCAGCUCUGCAUGGCGUUCCCUAGGUAAAGAGUGCUGUUGGAGACACGUGCUUCGCUCUAGUGCCUUGGUGAGGAGCGCACUGCCGUGGACUCUUUCAGACAAGGUGCUGCUCCUUCUCACAUCCUGUGGGAUUCCCAGCACCCACGUCAUCUGUAGCAUUGACCUAUGUCAAUAGAUACAAAUGGGCGCGCGCGCCAGUGGGAGCUGUCAACACAGCUGAUAGGAUAGGGGCGCGGGUCUUACGGGGUGGGGGCAUACUAGCAUAUGAGUCAACUGGAAAGUUUAUUUCUGGAAGAAACCCACCAGCAGCACACAGGCUCCCCUGUCCUCCUACCUGUGGGGAUGUCUCCAUCCUGUCUUUUCUGCAUUGUAGAAAUUUAGCCAAAUGGGAAGUUAGUAAAUUCAAUGAGGUUAGCACUUUUAGGUACCGAUUGUCCUGAGUAACGCACACCAACAGAGCAAGGAAGUACGAAAUGUACUCAUGACAGACUUGCUUCUGAUGACUGACAUUGGAAAGGUCCAUUUCCAGUGAUAUACAUGCUUUAAAGAGUGUACCUGCCACAGGACGAGCAAUCAAAGUGAGAGUUCCGUCUCCUGUCCUGUUUUGUAAAUAGCUCCUUGUUUUCCGAAGACAAUCUCGUGUUUUAUAACUUUUGUUGUGUGGGUCUGAGAAUCACAAUUGUAAUGUGUGAUAUAAUCUUAAGUACAAUAAUAAUUACAACUUAAAUUUCCAAAUGAAAGAAAUAUACUGCUUCAGCAUC